GUCAAUUUUGUUUAGAAUAAGAAACCUGUGCAUAUAUACCUAAUAGUCUCCCUCUCUUUCUCCCUCCAUGUAUGUGUGUGUGUGUUGAUAUACACGCAGAGAAAACAAUCCACCUGGUUAGGACUGGAAAAAUGGAAAAACUCCCUAAUGAUAUAACUGCUGAUAUUCUGUCGAGAUUGCCUGUCAAGUCUCUUAUGCAAUUCAAAUGCGUGAGCAAGCCAUGGCGUUCUCUGAUUUCCAGUUCAAAAUUUGCCCAACUGCACCUUAAAAGAUCAAAGCAAGACACCAUUACCAACCCUUACAAACUCCUGAUCACAACAUUUCCUCGUCAAUCUAUCGUUGACCACGAAGCAUCAAGCCAUGACAGCAACAAGGAGUUGGAAGCAAUAUCAGAGCUUGAAUACCCAAUUAGAGUUCCAGAUCUCGAAGCUGAAGUCGCAGGAUCUUGUGAUGGGUUGGUCUGUUUGGUGGUUGACUACGACAACUUCAUUUUAUGGAACCCAACUACUAGAAAAUCCAUGGAGUUGCCAAAACUUAAUCUUUCUCCUGAUCAAGGUAUUCCUUUUUUGGUAUUGGCCAUGAUUUUUCUCUUGAUGAUUACAAAGUAGUGAGAGGUGUUAGCUUCGAAUCUUCUGAUGGGUCUAAAGAAACUAGAAUUGAAGUCUUGACAUUGAAAUCCAAAACUUGGAGAUCAAUGACCCAACACCAUAGUUCUGGUUAUACUUAUACCAUGAUGGAAGGACCUAGUGUUUCUUUAAAUGGGGCUUUGCAUUGGUUGGAGAGACCAGGAAACAAUCAAAACGAACCACUUCAAAUCUUUUCAUUUGAUCUGGGGGAGGAGAAAUUCAUAGACUUCGUGCCAU